AUCUCACCCAAUCCAUGCAACAAAAAAAAAGUCUGAGGAGACGACGGUGUGACGUUUGAGCUAAACCGGAGCAGCACGGGGUUGGUUCUGUAUAAAUAGCCAUCAAAAGUUUCCAAGCAACAACAGAAGCAAGUGCAGUAUCCACGAGAAGAAAGAGUGAGGACCUGAGCUGUGAAAUAGAAAGGGAGAAAAUAAUACCAAAGACACGGAUAGUUGCCAAGAGAAAUUAGCUGCAAUUCGACGUGUUUCGCAUUCUCUCAGUUCAAGCGCAAGAUUUUGAGCACCAUGGACAGCAUCAGGGUUCGAGCACUCUUCUACCUGGGCGUCUGUCUGUCUGUCUUCAGUGUUGUUUGCCAGGGGCAGAUGUCAGAUGACAACAGAUUCUCUUCACAAGAGGAACAAUUUCCACUGGGAUAUGUCACCAGAGAUUUGGCUAAUGCGCUCGAGAGGCUUCUGGAAGGGGUACAGCAAGACGACAGGAUAGGUCUAUCAGUGGAGAAAAAAGCAAGUCUCAUUCCAAGGUGUGAUGUUGGAGAGCGGUGCGCUAUGAAGCACGGGCCGCGCAUUGGAAGGCUUUGUGACUGUCUGCGAGGCACGGCGUGCAACACAUUUUUCUUGCGUUGUUACUGACCCCGGUCACAUACCUAUACCCUCAGACGCACGUUUCCGAGACCCAGGCUUGUGAUACUCCCAUUCACGCAUGCCAUUACCAAUGUAAAUGUCAGUCUGCAUGUAUGACUGUGUUGAGUUAAUUUGUCUUCUCGAAGUAUAAGUAAAUGUAUUUCUUUGUUUAUUAAAACGUCUUCUUUAAGCUCCA